AUGAUUUGGCUCGUGACCCUCCAGCACAGUGCUCCGCAGGACCAGUGGGAGAUGACAGUAAGUAACCUCAACCUCUCACUCAACACCACCACCCACAAAUGACUUUCACCAUCCAAAGUAGAUCUUUAACGCCACCUAUUUCAAUCAAUAUUCUUGAUGGUUCAUAUCCUUUUUAAUAAUAGAAAACAGGAUUUGACUCCAAGAAUACCGUUGACAAUGAAAUGUAGCCUAUAGAUGGGAGCCAAUAAAUAUUGAUGCUGGUAUUCAUCAAUGACACCAGUUGUCAUUUGCAUCUUGGCACGGAAAUUGAAUUGAAAAACGAUUUACUUGUAAUGGUGCUCAUAGUGUAGUAAAACAGUUUUCUCCUCUCAUACCUAGUGUUUCACUGGCAGGCUACAAUAAUGGGACCUGUAAGUAUACCCUCCUGUUCUGCUCUUUAAAGUUUAGGGGUUCACCGCCUUUACUCUGGGUCAUAUGGUAACCAUCUAUUUUCCUUUCUACAGAAUGACAGUCCGUAUCAGGGCGGCGUUUUCUUCUUGACCAUUCACUUCCCCACUGACUAUCCCUUCAAACCACCAAAGGUAAGGACGUCUCCUGGAACUCAGAAUUGCGUUAAACUUGUGGGCAGACUUUUAAUGUAGCUGUGAGCUAGACCUACAUUGAUCAUAAAAUUCCAUAAUUCAUGACUGUUUGUUUUGUUUUCAGUACAUGAGAUGUCUCGUCAGUGUGGUAAAGGAGAUGGUGUAAAUGUAAUACAUUUGCAAGAUACAGUAAAAACAUGUGUCCUCUCUAAAGGUUGCAUUCACCACAAGAAUCUACCACCCAAACAUCAACAGCAAUGGCAGCAUCUGCUUGGACAUCCUGAGGUCGCAGUGGUCGCCAGCACUCACCAUCUCCAAAGGUAAGUCCAAAAUGGUACUCUUGGUUUAUGUUUGUAUGUGGGUCAAUAUCAUUUGUUUUGGUUGGUUUAAACCAGUAUGGUUUGAGUUUUCACAACAGAUUCUGGUAAGUAUGUCCCAAACUAUGCUCAGUAAGAGGUCAGAGAUUUACAUUGAUUGUCAGAAUAGAUUGUAAGAACUGUGGUGACUCUUGUUGUUGGUUGUCCUACAGUCCUCCUGUCCAUCUGCUCACUUCUCUGUGACCCAAACCCAGACGACCCACUAGUGCCUGAGAUCGCCCGCAUCUACAAGACAGACAGGGAAAAGUAG